CCUUGGUGCUAGGAGGAGGGAGGGUGGCACUGUUAAGAAAAGAGGACCAGAGAAGAAAAAGAGUGGGAGGAUCGUAAAGUCAAGUGUUUCUCAGGCAUCUCUUUUCUUUUGACAAGCAGCGCCUUCUUUUUCCCCCUGCAGCUACAGGUCUCUAAGUCUCUUCUAGUGCUCAAGUCUGCAUCGCACAGUCAGUAGGCUUUCUCACUCGGUGGUUGGUGGUUCUGCUAUCGCUUUCGUGACAACCAGACACUGUUAUUGUUAUUGUGAACACCAUUACGUGUUUUCCUGUUUUUUUCGGUUUUGCCCAAUCAUUUUUUUGUUUCGCUUUGCUACGCAAAAAGAUUGCUAAACAGACUGUAGCCGAGCCCGCAGCGGACAACCUUCAUUCCCCAUUUUUAUUUUCUGUCUUCUCAUCUGACGUCAUUGCUUACGACCCUGGACUGAAAUUGCGUGAGUGUCUGUACGCUGACCUCCCUGCAAGAAGAAACAAGUGACUACCGGAGCUCUUAAGUGAAGCAGGUUCUUUUUGCGUUGCUGAGAGACCUACCGAGUGGCAGCGCCAAUACGAAACAACAACAAAAGUUCUACUUUUUUUCUUUCCCACCGUCUCAAAUCGCAUAAUGCUGCACGUCGAAGCUCAUUAGGAAACGAGUCGACAAAUCUGCACAGACCCGAAGGCGCCCGUCGUUGUAUUUCUCUCUCCCCUCUUGUCUGUAACAAACAAAACAACAAAAUCCAUAGCAGUCAUGGAGGAUUUAUUUUGUUGCGAAGCUCGAGUCGAUUUUGAAUGCCGCGCCUACGCUGAUCCCGUCUUACUCAAAGACGGCCGGGUCCUUCACAAUUUGCUUUCGUCUGAGGAGCGCCACGUCCUCUCUUCUUCCUAUUUUGAUUGUGUCCAGUCGGAGCUGAAACCUCACAUGAGGAAAAUUGUCACCGAAUGGAUGCUUGAGGUUUGCGAAGAGCAACAAUGCCAACCUGACGUCUACUGGCUGGCUGUCAACUACAUGGAUCGCUUCUUAAGUGUAAGCCCCAUCACCAAGAGUCGCCUACAGUUGCUGGGCGCCGUCUGCCUCUUCUUGGCCUCCAAACUCAAAGAGACGUCUCCCCUCACAGCCGACAAGCUCGUCCUCUACACAGAUCGCUCUAUUAACUUUGACGAACUAUGGCAAUGGGAGUUGUUGGUGUUGAACCGACUUAAGUGGGACAUUUGCUCCAUCACACCGCAUGACUUUGUCGACCACCUUAUGACCCGGCUGGAUGUCAGCAAUCCGUGGGGUCCAGUUCGACGGACUGCGCACGGCUACAUUGCUUUAUGUGCCCUCGAGUACAAGUUCGCCAUGUGCCCGCCUAGCAUGAUCGCCUGUGCUUGCGUCGUCGCUGCCAUCCGAAACGAACUCGAUCCUACCAUGUCGGCCACAGAUUUCACUGUUAACGACAUUAUCGCACAGUUACAAACCAUCACUCACAUUGAAACUGAAAUCUUGCGUGGAUGUUUCGAGCAAGUGGAUGAAUUUCUACGAUCAUUGGCUCCCCCGGCUCUGAUUGCUUCUUGUGAUGUGACAUCAAACGCUUCUUUGGGUCUCGUUUCAUGUUCGACCGAGUCCAAUAUUCCUUCCAACUUGUCCAUACCCACUGCCACCAUCACCAAAAACGACCAUGAAAAAGCUGGAACGCCCACUGACGUCCGGGAUAUUCACUUUUGAAUGGACGUGCUGGAGUCUACGUUUUUACCAAGAAAACAAAUGGAGCUCUUUGUACACAGUUUUUUUUAUACUAUAUAGAUACCAACGAAUUAUUACCUCUUUUAAAGAAACCUCCUCCCUGCCUGAAAUUUUUUAAACAGUGUAAGCACCGUACAAUCGGACAUUGUCCCAAAAGCAAAAGCCCUGCCAUUCCUCCCCCUUCCCAUGUGCCACAAAACAGAAAGCACCAAAUUUUUUGUACUACCCCAUGAUCCGUUUCUCGUUUUACAGAUAAAAUGUAGCAGCAAACCGCAAGUGCCGUCGACUCGGUCGAAACCUUUUGAUAAUUCAGCCGUUAUAUCUUCCACUCAGGAAAUCCUCUCUCGCACUCUUACAAAGCAAGACUAUAUCGACCGACACUUUGUCUGCUUCCCAAAGUGUAUUCGGCUCCCCUCCAACUGCCUUCCUUCACAAAAAAACAAUCCUACUAUAUGUAUAUCAUUACAUAUAUUUGUUACGCUCCAAGGUCUUACGAGGUUUUGACUCUCCCUCGACCACUCCCUUCCACCUGCCCCCCUUUGCAAAAUCCCUGGGUGUCCUAGUCACAGACAGCAAUGUUCAAUCAUUAUUAUUAUUAUUUUUUUUUAUGUAUUCUACAGCCAUUUGCAUUGUUUUUUCCCUUUAACAAUUGUAUAUUCAUUUUUUUUUCUUCAGUUGCUAACCUCUUCAAAAUAUGUCCUUUUAUCUUCAUACAACGUUUUUUAAGGGGGAAUUUUUAAUUCUUGGUACCUGAAGAGGUUAAUUUGCACAUAAUGGCUCUCGUUUAUUAUGUCUUUGAUUUUUAUGCUGUCAAUCCAAACAGUGAUGGGAAAACUUAAGAAAAAAAAGAAACAAAAAAAGAUGCUAGUGGGAAUGGAAAUAAGUUGAUGUUAUAAAGAGAACACACAAGUGUCGUACAUAUAUCUAUUAUGUUGUGCCGCCAUUUCGUUUUGUGCAUUAAUAUGUAGUUCGUUUUAGAAUGCUGUACCAUCGUUUUGUGAUCAGUUGGAGACGCUUUUGUGACAUUUAACGUAAACGUGUGUUUGAUGUCACUUUUUCUUUUUUUUUUUUAAAUAUUCAAUCUCCCUUUUGCCCGUCUGAUUUAAAGUACGAGUACAUGUUGGAUGUUACCCGUCCUUUUUAUUGUGUGUAUCCACGCCCUUUUUUGUAUACUUCAGGUAUAACAAUACAUAUUAUGCAUUCAUACACGAAA